CCUUGGGAUAAGGGACCCCCUUUCCUGUUGUGGGGCCGGACUUCCGGCUAGGGGAAGAAAUCAGGUGACAGUUGCCGUUCGGGCGGAGGUGGAGUUCGAGAGAGCGAAGGGCCGCGAGCGGCGGAAGGCGCCAGCCGGAGGACCCCGCGCCGACUCCGAGUUCAGUUGCAUUAAAAAUUUCCUGACUGGGUGUGACAAGAAUGGCCAGCAAAGGGCCAGCAGCUUCUACCUCCACCGAAAGCAACAAUGCUGGCGGGACCAGUGGCAACAGCAGCAGCGGGGACGGGACAAGCCAGGACAGCACUUUCGAGUGCAACAUCUGUUUGGAUACGGCCAAGGAUGCUGUGAUCAGCCUAUGCGGGCACCUCUUCUGUUGGCCUUGUUUACACCAGUGGUUAGAGACCAGGCCCAAUCGGCAGGUGUGUCCUGUAUGUAAAGCAGGUAUCAGCCGCGACAAGGUCAUCCCACUUUACGGAAGGGGCAGCACCGGACAGCAGGACCCCAGAGAGAAGACACCACCACGGCCUCAAGGCCAGAGACCUGAGCCGGAAAACAGAGGGGGCUUCCAGGGUUUUGGGUUUGGCGAUGGAGGCUUCCAAAUGUCAUUUGGAAUUGGGGCAUUUCCUUUUGGUAUAUUCGCUACAGCAUUCAACAUAAACGACGGUCGGCCUCCCCCAGCGGUUCCAGGGACUCCCCAGUAUGUGGACGAACAGUUCCUGUCCCGCCUCUUCCUGUUUGUGGCCCUGGUGAUCAUGUUCUGGCUCUUGAUCGCUUAACCUUGCCCUGUAUUGUACCAUGGUUUGUGGGGCUCCGAACUGGUGACAGACGACUGCUUCUUCUUCUCCGUGCCCCACUGCCAGCCUCUCGGUGUCUGGUUCCAUAGCUCAUGGGCUCCCGCAAGCCCCGAUGUCUGCUGCAAUGGGAGGAGGACUCUUGCUUAUUACGCCAGAGUAAAUGGAAUUAAAGGUCUCUCUUUAAAAGCAUUCUAAAGUCCAGCCAUGUGUCACGCAACAGGUAACUGGCUAAGGCUGUGAACCUAGCUUUGAGCUCCACAUGCCAAGAGGGAGCAUUGUUUGAAAUCAUGUGCCAAGCCAUUAAACCAGGUGCUGGCCCUGGAGGGAGAGUGGGUGGCAAGGCCAGGCAUGGAAGCACUUGCCCUGUUUCUCAGAUGAGCCUUGCAACCCAACAGCACUGAAGGGAAGGAGAUCAAUGGACCUACUGCUUCAGAAUCCAGUUGCAUAGAUUGACUGAAACCCAACUUGCUCCUGGAAAUUGUCUUCUUAUGUGAGUACAACUUGGGAAGACCAUCAGGCGGCAGGUGAGGUCACCUUAGGAGUAUUCUCUUCCUGCUGUUUCCCCCCUGGCUGACUUUUUCCCAGGGAUAUUUAAACAAGUUAAGGGAUAAGAGACUCUCUCACCCUGAAAGAAUAAAAUACCUAAACUUCCUGGAACCAGAUGGGGCAGGUUCUCUCAUCUCAGGGCUGGGGGUGGGGAUGUUGGACACCAGAGGGGUCCCCUCUGGGCUUGUUGCACAGCACACUUCCGCAUGCAUGAAAGCAGUGUUGUUUUCCUAAAACUUGUAUAACAGCUUUCGGCUCUUAAUUUGGAUAUAGACAGUUCUGGUUACUGUAGUCAUUGACACUCAUUUGCUCCUUCCUGAGAUGAAUCCAACAUUGUCGUCUCCCCGUCCCCCAACUUCUUGGAAUGGUUGGUUUGGGGGAAAUGGAGGACAAUCUUCUUUUGAGCAUUUUGUUCUUCCCCCAUAAGAGUUUCUGCAUAGUGAGAAUAACAGCCUAACUUGGGGGCUUGUUCUCAAGCUCCAAGGGGUCAUUAGUGCGUGAGCUUUUUCAGAUGACCAAAGAUAAUAUUUUGAAGGGUUGAUCAUGAGCAUGAGCCAGCAGGAAGCUCUCCUACACAAGCCCCAUUGAAACAAAUCAGAGCCAUGCUCCAGUUUCCACCUUUCCCGUCCUUGUCUCUCCAUAUGUUGUAGUCCGGGAGUGGGGGACCUGCGGCCCCUCUUAGCCACAAUGCAUAUCACCAAUGGCCAGGGAUGAUGGGAAUUCUUGUUCAACAGCAUCUGGAGAGCCAAGGGUUCCCCACAUUUGUAAUCCAAAAUCUCAGGAGAGCACCAGGUUGGGGGAGCUGUCUUCUUCGUUUCAGUGGGACCCACAUGGAAGAGCAUCCCACUUAAAUGGAUCUGAACUAUUUACACAAGGGAUUCCUUUGCAGGAGUGGAAGAAGCCUGGGAAUAUUGCUUUAAAACUGUUGCUGCUGAAUCCUGGGAGAUUCACAGGACCAAAAA